AAUGAGGGCGCGAGCUGGCUUGGCGCGUGGCGGCGGCGGCGGUUAGCGCUGCGAGAGCCGAAAGCGUCCGCGCCGUGUAUCGCGCUCUAUCAUGGAGGGCCGGGGCCAUCCAGCCCACCACGGCUACCAGCACACGCCCACGCCCAUCAACAGAGGGGACAUAACGAUGGAGGAGACAAAUGGUGGAGCAAUGCAGGUGGACUCUCCUCCCAAGGUGGGGGGAACAGUGGAGCCUCCCCCAAGAGAAGAGCCCAUUCUGGAUCCUGUGAAUGGCAUUGUCCAGCCUCCUUUCUCCCCACCCCCUCAUAGACCUGGACGUAUCACAAAUCAACUUCAAUAUAUACAGAAACAAGUCAUGAAAACUGUUUGGAAACAUCAGUUUGCAUGGCCAUUCCAUCAGCCAGUUGAUGCUGUGAAGCUCAAUUUACCAGACUACCACAAAAUAAUUAAACAUCCUAUGGAUUUGGGCACGAUCAAAAAGCGGCUUGAAAAUAAAUAUUACUGGAGUGCCAAAGAGUGUAUACAGGACUUCAACACUAUGUUUACUAAUUGCUAUGUGUAUAAUAAGCCUGGUGAAGAUGUAGUGUUAAUGGCACAGACCUUAGAAAAAAUAUUUUUAACUAAAGUGGCAGCUAUGCCCAAGGAUGAAAUUGAGGUAGAAGAUGCAACAAACAAAGGUGGGAAGGGUCGAAAGGGCCGGACACCAGCAGUGCCUGGAGCCAAGCCACCUAGGCCACCCGCUCCGGCAUCUGCCCCUUCUGUGACUGCUCCAGCUCCAGCUCCGGCAGUCACAGCACCACCUGCCAUGAGUGCUGUUAGCGUUGGGAACAUUACCGGCACUAGCUCACCAGCCCUCUCCAAUUCUCUCACCUCGCCACCCACAGCAACUACCAUGGGGUCAUCUCAGCUGCCACUGCCAAUCAGUGCCACCACUCCUGCAACUCAAACUACUGUGCUGGGCUCCACUGCUCAGCCCACCGUCCCAGCACCAGCACCCACUAACUCUUAUCCACCUGUGUCACUAGGAGGAUCAAUCCAAGGCUACCCCCCUCAUCCCACACCAGCCCCCAGUCAUCCUACCCCCACUACCAUAGAUGGUUGGAACCAGAAUGAUGCUCAGAAAGGUGUAAAGAGGAAAGCAGAUGCCAUGGCUCCAAUGAUUGGCAACUCAAACUUUGAAUCAUUUUCACCUGGGGAAAAGAUAGGCAAGAUAUCUUCUCGGAGAGAGUCGGGCAGACAGAUAAAGAAAGUCAACAAGGAUUUACCAGAUUCUCAGGUAACCUUGAUGGAAACUACUCAGCCACAGCACAGUACGAAACCAAAGGGAAAGGUUUCAGAGUCUUUUAAAAAUUGCAACGAAAUUCUCAAAGAACUAUUUUCAAAAAAACAUUCGGGAUAUGCGUGGCCCUUCUAUAAGCCAGUGGAUGCUGAUCUUUUAGGGUUGUCAGACUACCAUGAGAUCAUCAAACAUCCAAUGGAUUUAGGCUCGGUUAAGACUAAAAUGGAUAACAGAGAGUACAAGAAUGGUGCAGAGUUUGCUGGUGAUGUUAGAACAAUAUUUACAAAUUGCUACAAGUAUAAUCCCCCUGACCAUGAUGUAGUAGCCAUGGCAAGAAAGUUACAAGAUGUCUUUGAAAUGAGAUAUGCCAAAGUGCCAGAAGAUGAACCCUUUGAAAUUCAACCGGCAACAGAUUCCGAAGAGUCUGAAAGUGAGAGUGAGAGUGAAACUGACGACUCUGAGGAUGAGAGAGAAAGGAAGUUAGUUCAGCUACAGGAGCAGCUACGGCAGGUGCAAGAACAGAUGAAGUUGCUGGUUGAAGAGUCUUUAAGAAGAGGGAAAGAAAAGAAGAAAAAGACCAAAAAGAAAAGUAAAGACCGUGAGAAGAUGUUGUCAGAGUUACCCAACGUUCCAAACACAGUUGCCCCCACUGUGAACCAAAAUGCCCCAACAGCAGCAGCUGUCACAACCGCGACAGCUGCUGUUCCUCCUGCAGCACCCCCACCUGGCCCAGUUCCUCCUAAACCUAAGAAGAACAAAACUAGUAAUAAUAAGCAGAAGAGACAACGGUCCAAUCCUAGUAAAUCAAAGAAGAAGGCAGCGGGUGGUGCACCAGGCAUGGUGUUCGACUCUGAGGAUGAGGACAAUGCCAAGCCCAUGUCUUAUGAUGAGAAGAGGCAACUUAGUUUAGAUAUUAAUAAACUACCUGGUGACAAGUUGGGGCGAGUGGUGCACAUAAUCCAGACGAGAGAACCUUCUCUGAGAGACUCGAAUCCAGAUGAGAUUGAAAUAGACUUUGAAACCUUAAAACCCUCUACCCUGAGAGAAUUAGAAGCGUAUGUUGCAUCAUGUCUCAGGAAAAAACCAAGAAAGCCUUAUGCUCGACAAGAUAAGAAAAGUGUUGUGUCAAAAACAAAGGAGGAGUCUAUGGCUGAAAAGAAGCAGGAGCUUGAAAAGCGAUUACAAGAUGUAACUGGCCAAUUAGGUACUCCAGCUGCCAAGAAGACACCCAAAAAAGAAGAGAACAAGAGUAUGGAUGCAGUUGGUGGGGGCACAUCCCGCUUAACAGAAUCCAGCUCUUCUUCUUCAGACAGUGAUUCAUCCUCAUCCUCAUCAUCAUCAUCAUCCUCAGAUUCCUCUGACUCGGAAGCAGGUUAGAUGCGCAUUUCUCUUCGUACGGGAUAAAGCGUUUUUGUAUCAUCAUGACCAAUAUUGUUAUGUCAUUCAAAUGUUUUGUUUUUCUUUCAUUCUUUUUCAUUUUUUUAUUAUUUUUUUUCUCUAUAUUUUAUUAUUCAUUUGUAAAUAGUCAGUUCAUUCCUAAUGUGUCAGUAAAAGCAAUGGCACAUUAACCUAUUUAUAUUGUAAGUUAAGCUCUGGGCAUUUGGUAAUAACAUGCCGAGCCCAAAACAUGACAGUGCUGCCUUUCUCUACUUUGUUUAUUUUCCCCACUCUUACUAAAUUUCUCAGUCUUCCUCGCAUCAUUAUUUUCUAUAUACUUUCUCCCAGAUAUCCUGUCUCUUCAGACUCACAUUUAUUAUUAUUGUGUUAAUGACUUGUCUCUCCCCACCACUGUGGACACAAGAACAAGGCACAAAGAUUUUAUUGUAAGGAUCAGGCCAGAGUGCAGGGAUGUGUUCAGGGGUCAGCGAGUUUGUGCGAUGAGAUGCGUUGUGGAGCUGUUGGUUGGCAUGAGCGAGGUCAGGCUGGGUCACAUCUACAUGAGGCAGACAAUGUGAAUGGUGGCUUAUUGCUCACUGUUUCACUUGCACCUGAGUGCCAGAGGAGGGACAACAAACAGGGAAGGCUGAGGGUGGGGGGAGGCAUGGAAACUAAGGGGAAGAGAGAUGAGCUGUGUCACCUCUGUUGUCAGAUCAGGAUGCUGUUUACUCAUGAAAGUUUCUUUGGGGGCCAAAAUGUUGUUAAAUGUUCUGCUGUCACACUGCCUUGGACCAAGUGAGCACAUGAUGCUGCCGGCUUGCUGGCCUCCAACACAUUGUUUGCACUCACUGGCUUCAUGUGGUCUGGAUCCAUAGGCCACAAGGUAUCACCACAAACCCACAGCUGCAAAGGGCACUUGACCCAUCCACUGGCUGCAUCAGUCCUCAGUUUAGAACUCUUGUUGCUGUGGCAAAUGUGCUGAUACCUUGUUCUGCGGUGGAAGGGGUAUAGCUUUCCAGUACCUGAGAGCGGGAGGAUCUGAUAAAAGACUUGUAACAUCAGCUAAACCUUCCUUCCACCAUAGUGCAGUAACCUCUCAAGGAGUGAGUGUUUGUAUGAGUGGAAACUAUAGUGAGGAAGUUAGCCAAGUGCUGUACCUGCUUCAUCACCAGUAUUGAAAAAAUGGUGCAUCAUAAUUCCAGUACUGUAUAACUGUAAAGCUCCAUCUAAAAAUAGGCUUAAGUUCUUUAUUUAAAGAAUUUGUACUUUCACAAUAUUUUUUAUCCCACAAAAAUAAAUUUAAAUUUUGUAACCUUAGGUGAUGCUGUGAGAUAAUAUAAGGAUUGUAAUGAUGAUUCUCCAUAGAUGUAAGAGCAAUUCCCUUGCUCCAGACACAUCUAUUAGGUCUAGUGUAUCUUCUGUAUUUAGGUGCGUUUGCUUCAUUUCAAGUGAGCAAUAAGCUAUCAGUUGAACAUUGCCAAGUGUUAUUGUGAGCCCCUGGCCAGACCACUGAUGUACAUAUGGACUAAGAAAGUGGUAUGUACUCCUCCUGGUGCAUCACUGUCAACUUAACAUGUGUUUGUGUCUUUAUUAGCAGAUACAAAUGUUGUAUUAUAAAAAAAAUAAACAAGUCAUCCUUCUAA